GGAUGGUCAAGUUGACUCGCCCUACAUGGACAGUAACGUGCUUUCAGUGCAGAAUAGUAAACAAUCCACAAUGCCAUGAAGAAAAUAAAUCAUCUGGAGUCUUUGUUCAGGAAUACUCUUCAGUUCGAAUCAUCGACGUGAUUUAUUGCACGAUUUUGGGGUUCAUUUUGCACACGACGGGAUAUAGGCUACUGCUGGCUGAACUGAGGGCACUUGAUGGCACACAAAAAACACAAGUUAUUCCGAGUCGUUUUGCGCUGUGAUCAAGAUAACAUUGAUGCUCUUUUAUUGACACCGCUGUUAUUGUUCUGCAAAGGAUCAGUUUGAGGUUUCUGCAUCGGAACUAAGUGUUUUUUCCUAUCCAGGCGUUGAAUAAUCACAUCAGAGCAUAUGAUUUGGUAUUCAGCGUGGAUGUCAGAGAUGGACGGCAUCGGGAACACCAUGCAGAAAAAGGCUGCUGAGCUGGAGCGCAUGGCCGAAGUCCUCGUUACCGGAGAACAGUUACGGCUGCGACUGCAUGAAGCAAAGGUGAUUAAAGACAGAAGGCACCAUCUCCGCACAUACCCCAACUGCUUUUUGGGCAAGGAGAUUGUUGAUUGGCUGAUUGAGCACAAGGAAGCAUCUGACAGAGAUACUGCCAACAAGAUCAUGCAGAAACUUCUUGACCACAGCAUCAUUCACCAUGUUUGCGAUGAGCACAAGGAGUUCAAAGAUAUGAAGCUCUUCUACCGUUUCAGGAAAGAUGACGGCACUUUUGCACUGGACAGUGAAGCCAAAGUGUUCAUGAGAGGUCAACGGAUAUAUGAGAAGUUGAUGAACACUGAAAACAACCUGCUGCAGACACGUGAAGAGGAGGGUGUGAUGUAUGAGCGGACACUGGUGGCCUCAGAGUUUAUAGACUGGCUCCUGCAGGAAGGAGAAAUGCCCUACAGGGAUGAGUCAGAGCAGCUGGGACGCAGACUGCUGGAGCAUGGCAUCAUUCAACAUGUUUCUAACAAGCACCAUUUUGUGGAUGGCGGCCUGCUUUACCAGUUCAAGAUGAAUUUCCGGCGACGGCGGCGGCUGAUUGAGCUGUUGAACGAGCGCUGCCGCAGUAUCCCGGAGAACCACGACAGCCCUUUCUGUCUGCGCAAACAGGGCUCUGAAGGGGGAAACACCAGCUUCCUCUCAGUAAGCCCCACUAAAGAGAUAAAGGUGGUGUCGGCGGUGCGGCGGAGCAGCAUGAGCAGUAGCUGUGGUAGCAGCGGAUACUACAGCAGCAGCCCCACACUCAGCAGCAGCCCGCCUGUUCUCUGCAACCCCAAAUCAGUGCUGAAGAGACAAGUGAGUCCAGAGGAACUUCAGACUCCUGGUGGACCUUACAUAAAGAAGACAUUCACAAUUGUGGGAGAUGCAGUGGGCUGGGGCUUUGUGGUGAGGGGAAGUAAACCCUGUCACAUUCAGGCCGUGGACCCUGGUGGACCUGCAGCAGCAGCGGGAAUGAAGGUGUGUCAGUUUGUGGUGGCAGUCAAUGGAAUGAAUGUGCUGAAUCUGGAUUACAGGGGUGUCAGCAACCUCAUUCUCACCGGUCCCAGAACAGUGGUCAUGGAGGUUAUGGAGGAAGGGGAAUAUUGAAGACGAGCUCUUCUGUUGUUUCUGUUAUUCUCUCUCUCUCUCUCUCUCCCUCUCUCUUUCACUUCUUCCUUUAGCUGAAAUUUUCUCAGCGAGUGAACAUUUCUGAGAAGUGAACCCUUGAUUCUGUUCAUCGUUUCAAUUCGAACUGUUAGUUUAAAGAGCAUGACACUAAUCCAUGCUUUGAAAUUCGUGCCUCCCAUUGGCUCCUCAUUGACUGUUACCGCUCCAUCUCAGCUGAGAUUGUAACUGGACAGAUUGUAUGGGAAAAGCAGCUGCCAAAACUCAUUUUUUAGCAGAACUGUAGCAUUUAAAACACUUAUGGUAGGUUUGCAGGACAGAUGCCAAACUAAUAUAUUUGUCUGCCAUUCAGGUGAGAGCACAAUUCAGUGUUCUUUUAUUUUUCGACUGUUUCUUCAUUUAGAGUUCAUGCUGUGACUUUUGGAGAGUAAAAGAAAAUAAUAUAGCGUCAAGUAUUUUUUGAUGUUAAUUCUUUACAUUACCUUAGUGUGGCUAGUUUAAAUUCUAGAGAAAAUAUUUUAUAUUACUGUCAUGCUUGCAGAGACAUAUGCUGGGUUCACACCAAAAGCAAAAUGAAGUAUUUUUACUAAUAGAUUACAUACAGUCAAUAUAAAUGUGCAAAUGUAGGUAUUUAUCCACCGGGUGGCGCUAAUUAUAAGUGUGCAGAAUUUGCCUCAAUCGCCUCAGUCUUCCGCAUAAGUUCAAAUAAUUCAGCUUGAGCAGAACAUUUGCUUGAGGUAGAAAAAAAAUAAAGAAAGCUAAAGUGUGUUUGGUGUGAACCCAGCAUUAGUGACAUUUUAUAGACAUCCAUCCAAAUGCAGGCGACAACCAACAGCAGCACUUACAGACUUAAAGUGAAACUUAAGGGUGAAUGUUUAAAAAUCUACGCACAUCUAAAAGAUGCUGUAACUCAUGUUUUGUUUAAAAAAAAAGUGUCUUGUGAAAGUAGUUUCUGUCUUUUGUCUAAAUGGCAUCUAAAAGGCAAAUAAUAAGCUGUAUAAUGUUACUAUUAUAUGACAACAAACAGAAAACAUCACUUUAUACAGUGUUAGGUCAAAAAAUACUUUAUGCAAGUACAAAUACGCAGACAAUUGGAUGUUAACCUGCACUUUUGCUUUGCUUUGUCAGAAAUACAUCACAAUUCCUCAAAUUCAUUCCAGAUCUCAACCUUCUUUAGUAAAUGUUAACUGAAAGAAAAUAAUUAUGUAACCAAAAAAGUAUGUUUGAAUUAAGUAUGUGACACAUGGUGGCUCAGUGGUUAGCAGUGUCGCCUCACAGCAAGAAGGUCGCUGGUUUGAGUCCCGGCUGGAUCAGUUUCUGUGUGGAAUUUGCAAGUUCUCCCCAUAUUUGCAUGGGUUUCCUCCGGGUGCAAAGACAUUCACUGUAGGUGAAUUGAAUAAACUAAAUUGGCUGUAGAGUGUAUGUAUGAAUGAAUGAGUGUUUUAAUUUCAUUUUUUUCUUUCAAAACAAGUACAAACUCAAGAGAGUUAAAAGCUAUUUCAUGAAGUGAAAACGGAGUAUAUAUUAAUACGAUAAAAAUGUUCGAUUUUUAAAAAAUAAAGUGAAAUAAAUUUAAUUUGCAGAUGAGAAUUCAUAGUAACUGAUUUGCCAAAAUUCUAAAAUAGUUACAAAUUGCUGUUAAAUGUUUUGGAGAUUAAAUACACUCCCUUAAGAGGGUGAUAGAGUUAGAUUAAAAAGAUCAUUUAAAUCAAACUGAAUCUUAUUUGAUUCAAAUAUGCAGAAAUUGCCCUUUAAAUUGCUUGCUCAGUAAGAUUAUCAUCAAACUGUUGUUUCACAAUGCUAAAACAAAAGACCAAACUAACCAUAAAUCAGACAUUAUGGUAAUUCUCCAUAGCCUGUGUUUUGAGUUAUGGGCUACGUCCGAAAACGCUAAAAUGCUGUCUUCAGAGGCAGCAUUUCAAGGCGGGGAGACAUCAAGGCACAUCCGCUUUGCUUCCUGUCUUCAGACUGUUGAGCCAAAAAAAGAUGGUGUCAUGAAUGGCUACUUGGAUGUCAGUUUGUGAAAUUUCGAUCAAUGGUUUACACAUUUGUUGUGAGAAGUUACCAUUGUAGUAAGCAAUUCCCUUCAAUUUCAUGAGGUAACUUGAUGCACAAACACUGCCCACCAGAAUCACCGCCUGCUAUGACAGCUAUAGGUAACCAGUCAGCUGCCUAGGUUUUCAGACGCAGCCAUGAAUUGCAGUCACUGGGACAUCUAAAACAACAGCACACAAAAUGUUGGAGUACAGCAUGUACAAUAGUGUCUGCUUUCUAGUACUUGUGUAAAGUAUUUUUUGAGCCUUUUAACUGGAGAACUUUAAAUACUGCCAGGAAAAAAUAUAUAAUUUAGGGUAGUCAUAGAAUAGUAGUGUAUGGAAUCACAUGCCAAAUUAUGUAACUAGUUUAAGAAAGAUAUCUUUAAUUGUAAACAUACAAUAGAUAUGUAUCUGCAAAUAAAUCCCCACGCAUGUGUAUUCUGAAGCAGUCAGUCAUUUGUGCAAGAGUAAAGACAUCCCUUAUGAAAAAAUAAAGUGAACCAGGGUUUGUUAUAGUAAAAGUGUAGUGACUAAGGUUUUUGGCAGAUUGAUUACCACUUUUGCAAUCAUAUCAUGGUUAAACUAUGGUUAGUGUUGCAAAAAACUGGUUAUUAUCAUGAUUUAACUACAAUUACCGUGGCCUUUUCUUUUUUUAUUUGUAGUAAACUGGUCAAUUUUUGUAAGGGAUGUCAUGACACACUAUCUAUUCUAUGCUCAUAAGCGGAUAUUGCAUUUGUGGGUUUUAUUAUAGUGAAAUUGUACCAAUUUGUGUUAAUGAAAACAACAAUAAUUGUUUUUUAAAGGGUUUUAUUUGUUUUUGUAUGAAGUAAGCUUGAAUCUUCUGCCUUAAUGAACAUGAUUGUGCUGCUAAUUCUCACGGCUGGUCACGUACCCUUACAAAAAAUAAUCUAGUAAAAGAUAGUAAAAAAAUUAUAGUAACAGUAAUAGUUUUUUUUUUUUUUCCUGGCAGAUUGAAUACCAUUUAUAUAACUACAUUUUUACUACAAUUACCAUGGUUUAACUACAGUAUUCAUGUAAAGUAAAACCAUGAUUAAUUUUUAUUAUGUAACGUCUCUAAUUUUACAGAAUAAAUCAUGUCUGUUUAAAGACUUUAAAGAUUUUGGAGGUGAUCAUGACAAUCAGCAUCAGGGUAGUCUGUUAAAUACUGGUCCAGACAUGUGCCACAUAUUCUGUAAACUAAUCUAAUGAUCUUGUCGUCCUUGUAUUUUGACAUGGUACAAAUAGAAGAGUUUCAUCCAAAACUUGUGAGUUCAAUGCACGUGUCCGUUUAAAGAGUAAGCUCAUGGUACCUUACAGCCUAUUUGUAUUUCUCUGUGCAGCUCAAAUCAUGAUUAAUGUGUGUUUGAUUCAUGUUUUAAUAAACACCUUGAUUUGGUUUAAA